AUGGCCUCAGAGCAGUAUCCCACGGCUGUCUCUGGCGGUUGCCUUUGCGGUUCUUGUUCAACGUGCCAAUGCUCCCAAUGCCGUAAGAAUGGCGGGUCGCUCAUCGCAUGGCUGCAUAAGGUACCCAUAUCAAGCGUCGCAUUUACCUCGCAGACGACAUUGUCGCGAUACCAUGCUACGCCAGACGCUGCGCGCGGCUUCUGCACCAGUUGCGGUAGCUGGCUCUUUUGGCGCAAUGAAAAGUCCAACUCAAUGAGCAUGUCGGUUGGAACCUUCGACCAAGAAGAACUCAAGCAGUGGGGUCAGAAGUUGGCCUACUCAGAGGUGCAUCUGUGGUCUGAGGAUGCUAUCGAGGGCAUCUCCGAUCAUUUGCCCGGGGAGAAGUGGAAGUAUCAUGACAAAGGGGAGGGCAUCGAGAGAAUCGGAUAG